AAAAUGGCGCCGAGGGCCCACCCACCUCUAGUAUACUCCGAGGCCCUUCAGCACCCUGCGCGGCCCCUCAGGCCCGGCCCCACCCUUCACUCUGACCUGUGACCUUCCACCCCCGGACCCUGCUGUGACCUUGCUGACCCCGCCCCAGCCCCUUCUCCCAGCCCCUGACCUCAUCUAGGAUUCCAGGCCUUGACAACUCAUUCAUUUCCGGGUCGUGGCUCCCCCCGGAAAUCGCCUUGGGUGGGGAUGGAGUCCUCCGAGACUUCCCAGCUAUUGCUUCGUUUCAGUGCGCCGGACCUGGGCCUCUUCAGUUCUGGAGAGUUUGGGAGGCCAGCCUGGGGGUCGCGGGAGGAGAGGGGCUUGACAUUUCGACAUGCGGGGCUUUGUCGCCAAAGGAAGUGCGACAUUGCCGACUGCCCUGGUCCCCCAGGGUUCUGACCUCACCCCCCUCCAUUCUGGGGCCCCACCUGUCCCUAAGGGUGAACAGUUCCAUCUCUCUGAUCUUCAGGGCCUGUCCCUGGUAAAUGAGGGUAGUGUUAGUUCGAACCUUACAGAGUUGUGACAGUUUUGGGAACUGAUGUCGCAAAAGGCUUAGGACAGGGUUGGUUAAAUCCUCUCCUAGCUGUCUCCUCAUCUUGAGGUGGGAAUAAUCUGAAACUGGUUGUUGAGAGGUUAAAAAUCCCCUCUGGGCCACUCACUCGUGCUGAGAUUAUGGGUCUUGUGCUUUGGGGGAUCCAUUCCCUACCUGUAAAGUGGGACAGUGACCCAGCCUAAGAGUUGAGCUAAAGCCUUUUCCCAGCCCCCCCAUAUUUGGGAUCCUCAGGGCUGUCAGGGGUGAUCGGAGAUCUGGUUAAGAUAAGUGAAGAUGGCGGUGCCUGUGGCAUAGUCGGUAAGGCGCCUGCCCCAUAUACCAAGGGUUCAAACGCGCCCCGGCCAAACUGCAACAAAAAAAUAGCCGGGCGUUGUGACGGGCGCCUGUAGUCCCAGCUACUAGGGAGGCUGAGGCAAGAGAAUCACUUAAGCCCGGGAGUUGGAGGUUGCUGUGAGCUGUGUGAUGCCACAGCACUCUACCCAGGGCCUUAAAGUGAGACUGUGUCUACAAAAAAAAAGUGAAGAGCCCAUUUCCUCUUGGCCCAGAAGCCCAGCCCACAAUCCACAGUCCUUGGAAUGUGGUGGGAAUGGGCAAAGGAAGAUCUGUCAGAAGAAAAUGAGAAGGUGGGUUGCUAGUGUGCAAGUCACCAACCUUGGGUGUUAACCUUUGUUGCAGUUGUCAUUGUUGUAGCAGGCCCUGGCCAGGUUUGAACCCGCCAGCCCCAGUAUAUGUAGCUGGCACCCUACCCACUGAGCUAUGGGCACCGCCCUUUAUCUUUGAUUUAUUGCUACAACUUCAUCUUCCAUACCCAGUCGUAAGAGGGUACUGUUGGCUCUGCAGAGCACACCUGAAGCCAUCCAUGGCUUCUCACUCUUGUCCUUGUACUGCCACUGCUCUCCCCUCCCCAGUGUCCUGCUUCAGUGCCUGCCCUAGCUUUUUCCUUGGUCUCCUUGCCUUGAUCCCACCCAUUUGGCAAUCCAUAAUUCACCUAAUUCUAGAAUGAGUUUUUAAAGAUAUAGGUCAGAUUGUACCACUUUUAACUUAUGAAACAUUCCAGGGCUUCCUGUUGUAACUGGGAUGAAACUCCAGUUCCUCAGUCCCACUCCCAAGGCCCCUGCUCACCUCUGUGACCUCACCUGCACUCUCUUUACCUCUCCAUCUGUGAACUCCAGCCACACUGGCCUUGUUUUAAGUCAUUCUCAUGUGACCUUCUCCCCCACCCCAGGGCCUUUGUACCUGCUGCUCCUUCUGCCUGGAGUGCUCUUCUUCCUAUGAAUGAGGCCUUUUCUAACCUUGGAAAACCCACACGUCUCUGUCUCCUCUCUUGGCACAAUGUUUCUAUUCCUCUCUCUUUGUUGAGUCACUGGUGCAGGUAGCAGUGGGACUGGCACACAGGUGUUCAGUGCAUGUUUGCUGAGGCAGUAGAUGGCUUCAGGACCCUGCUGUGGCUGAUUUACCUGGCAGAGGCAGAUUUCUUGAAAGGAUUGCCUGUCUACAACAAAAGCAAUUUUAGUCGAUUUCAUGCCGAUUCCGUGUGCAAAGCCUCCAACCGACGUCCCUCAGUCUACCUGCCCACUCGAGAGUACCCGUCUGAACAGAUCAUCGUGACAGAAAAGACAAACAUUCUCCUGCGCUACCUACAUCAGCAGUGGGACAAAAAGAACGCCGCCAAGAAGAGAGACCAGGAGCAAGUGGAACUUGAAGGCGAGAGCUCGGCGCCCCCUCGCAAGGUGGCACGGACCGACAGUCCAGACAUGCACGAGGACACUUAAGACUCACUCCCUACAGGUGCCUUGGCCCUGUCUGCUCCUCGAUCGCCUGCCUGCCUGUCCACCGUGUGUAAGCACCCUGCCCGCCUCCCUGCUGACCCACCCACACCCCGCCGUCCACACCACUUCCAACCUCAUAGGAGCUGAUGUAUUUAUUUUCCUUGAGUUUUUAUUUAUGCUGUAACAUGUAUCAAGCGUUGGUUAAAGGGGAUGUCAGACCCAGUAGUAUGAUGUUGGUAGAUGCUUUUUAAAAAAAACAAACAAAACAGUAACAUUGUUCCUCACCCUUCUUGCCACCCUCACCCCCACCACUUCCUUCUUCCUGCCCCGCUCCCCUCCAGAGAACCAGAGUGUCUGUGAGGGUUUCAUGCUGGGGGUUCUGCUGUGGCCGGGCGGCAGGGGUGGGGGCAGGUGGCCUUGCCCCCCUGGACAGCUGAGCAGCCUUCUCCCCCCUCCCACCCACCGGUGCAGGCCUUUGAGACUCGGCCUUGUCUCACUUCCACCGGGAACUAUUCCAUGCCCAGACCUCACUCUGAGCGUCCGUGCAGGGGAGAAGUCGGCCCUUCCGGAUCUUACUCUUAAGUCAUUUUAUCAUGGACUAGUGUGUGCUCCGUGUCCACCCCAAUAAAAGGAUCUUUCCUACUCGA